AUGGCGCUGGAACCUAAACCAUUGUCAUCACGAAAACGUCAAGCCUGCGAUCGCUGCCAUGGACAGAAGCUUCGAUGUAUGCGAGCACAACAAUCGCCGGGUCCCUGUCAGCGAUGUCUCCUGGCCAAGAAAGAAUGCACUUUCAGCUACCGACUCCAGAUGGGGCGGCCACGCGCUCCAGCACCGACAGCCAGCCCCUGGACAGAAACUGUAUGGAAUUUGGAAGACUUGGAUAAAUUAAACGCGGCAGAUCAGGAAGAAGGCCAUAUACCAAUGGAGGACACUUUCCUGGACAUGUUUGGUAAAAUAUGCCCUAUUCCUCCUGAGACCUCCAAGGAUAGCGGGAGUGGAAGUGAGAAUGACCCCCUGACGAUGUCAAAUCAAACACAGGAAGAUGUUUUUAAUGAAUCUCGUGAGAACAAAUCUGUCCACAGCUGA